AUGGAGGCGUCGCCACUCACUCGCCAGCCUCCGCCAGAGGUAUUUACGCCGAAGAUUAUAGAAUUAUACUCCGCCGUAUUCAAGGAGGACGACGAUGGCGAAGACAAAUCCGACGGAUUCUGGAAGGAGUUCUUCCUACUGCGCCCGGAUCGCCAAAGGCUACGAAGCUUACUGAACGACAUAUCACCGAUCGACACGUUAACAUUUGAAGGUCGAACGAGGGAGCUCUUCGGCCAGGCUAUCACAACUGUAAAAGCAGGUCGAGGUCUUGCUCCUCUGCACGCAUUAGAUACCCUAAGCAUUUUCCUCUCGUGUCUUUUGUCCAAGAAAUAUCCCCAUCCAAGCUCUGAUAUCAUUACCGUCCUCGCCGGACUCGACCAUAUCGACGCCGUAUUUACAGACUUUGUGAGCACUCUGGAUACAAUAGUUCGGAAUGGCGAAUCUCUCGUUGCGCGGCACAAAGCUGUCGAAGUUUUGCUUGCCGUGACGGCCGGCGCGUAUCAGACGACUCUUCUCACAUACAUGAUACAUAGAGAUCUAUUUCCGGCAGUAAUGAAGUUUGUGCAAGACUCAGAAACACCAGGACAAGUGUUGGAGCCAUUUAUUCUCUUGGGGCUGUUAGCGAAUUAUAACAAAUUCGAGUUUCAAAACCCCUAUCAGCUCAGAUUCAAUGAUUUUGUCAACGAAUCCACCAUUCAAAAAAUCAUCCAAUGCAUGGGCUACACUUGCCAAGCCCUUCGAUUAGAUUACAUCGACAUACAAGAUGAUCUACCUGAAGGCUGGACACUGAGCAACACGCUGAAUCUUAUUGGCUUGGGCUUAAUAAUUCGCGGCCCAAAGCCAGAGAAGAAACCAGUUUACGAUGCCGAGACAGCGAAACAAAUGUUUUCCAAUCUACCCUCCGAGAACGCAGCUGCCCUUCUCGCCACAUACGAUUUUGCACAUGCUAAUAAGCUCUUUUGCUUCAACUUUGUAUCAUUCCCCGGAGAGAAUGGCAAUGAACGACCUUUUGCGAGCUACGUGUCACUCACCUCGUAUCUUCUUCAACACGCUCACCUGUCUCACCGGGCGUCGUACUAUGCGCACUUGAAUCUGAUGGUGUUUCGUUUGCUGAUUGAAGAUCCAAUCAUUUGCAAAAGAAUAUGCAGCGACGAAAUCAAAUCCUCUGUGCGGCUGUGCCGUCACCGCCAACCGUUCCUGCCGCUUGUCAAAGGGGAGCGAGUCCUUGCUACCAGCGUCCUUGACUGCAUGAUUGACGGCAUUAAUCACAACCUCCGUCGACGACUGGACGUCAGCUUAUACACAUUAUGUUUGGGAAUAUUGCUACGGAUCAUCUCGCAUCUCUCACGUUCCAGAACACGUCUCGCAUAUCAUUGGUCAGAAUUUUUCAGAUCUCUCCUCUCGCUUAUUCGCUUCCUGGCAACCUACACUUCGGAUCUGAAGGACUUGACUCACAUUAACACUCUUUUGGAUCAUGUCGUUAACUUGCUAGCACUUUCUCUGUCUGCUGGUGAAGCAUUCCUACCUACACCCGCCGCGUAUGACGAUCUGUUUUACAAAGUAGUUGAAUCUGGAGAAGUGUUGACCAAGUUCAAGGAGAAUUAUGGUCUCCAAAAUCGCAAGAGCAACUCAAUUGAUACAUUAAUCAGUGUCAGCACACAUUAUAAGCAACUUCUUACGGACGGAGGUGGUUCUGCUAAAAAGAAACCCAGCAACCUGACUACAAAUCAGGUCACGGAGGUAAUUAAACAGGGAUACGAAACUUUGAGCAUACAAGCUAAGGAAGGCUUGGAUACGUGGGACAACUUUCGGGAAGCAGACGAGAGAACCCUUUUGAAAAAGAUGGCACGGACAUCGGUUGGUGAUGUGAGGGUGAUGGUAGAAAGGCAAGCCCAGCAAAUAUGUACCUAG